CCCAAUCCACUACGCGGCUUUCGCGCCUGCGCCCUAAGCAGCCGGUUACUCGCAUCUGGGAAGUUGCGGUCUCAGGUGCAGCAGAGACCACAGCGGAGUGUCCAUGGACGCUGUGGCAGAGGAGCAGGGAAAGAUGUGGGUAUUUGGUUACGGGUCUCUGAUCUGGAAGGUGGACUUCCCCUAUCAGGACAAGCUGGUCGGAUACAUCACAAACUACAGCAGGCGCUUCUGGCAGGGCAGCACGGACCACCGCGGGGUCCCUGGCAAGCCCGGAAGAGUGGUGACUCUCAUUGAAGAUCCUGGGGGUUGUGUAUGGGGUGUAGCUUACAAAUUGCCAAUAGGAAAGGAAGAAGAAGUAAAAGCAUACCUUGACUUCAGAGAGAAAGGAGGCUACAGGACCACAACAGUCAUUUUUUAUCCAAAAGAUUCCACAACAAAACCAUUCAGUGUGUUGCUAUAUAUUGGAACAUGUGAUAAUCCUAAUUAUCUUGGUCCUGCACCUCUGGAAGACAUUGCUGAACAAAUUUUUAAUGCAGCUGGUCCAAGUGGAAGAAAUACAGAGUAUCUUUUUGAACUUGCCAAUUCUAUUAGGAACCUUGUGCCAGAAGAUGCAGAUGAGCAUCUUUUCUCUUUGGAAAAAUUGGUAAAGGAACGUUUAGAAGGAAAAUAAAACCUAAAUUUCAUGUAAAGACUUAGUGACUUUUCCAAAAAAACAGAGCUUUUAAUCUUCAGAGAGUUCACUUCAAUGUACAAUGAUAAAAUAGUUUGGAAAUGUAUUUACUUAAAAGUUUUUACUUACUUUUAAUGUAGUCAGGAUAUUAUCUAAAUUUACAUAUUAAUUUUAAGUGUCCUGAAACACAUACAUUCAAAAGACUGUGACACAAUACGAGAAAAAUCCAAGUUUUAAUCACAUAAUAAUAUCCUAACUAUAACAUUGAACACUUUGUUCACUAAACAUGAAUUAAUUAGAAAGAUACAGUAAAGGAUUCAGUUUAGUUCUUGUUUUUAUCCGAAUAAAAAUAAUCCUGUUGAAUAUGAUAAUACUAUUUUGAAGUUAUAGAGAAUUAAACUAAAAGUCCAAUAAAUAUAAGGUUAUGCCUUCAAUAUAUUCCUUUACUGUUCUGUAACCAUUAAAAUAAUGUGAUUAGAAAUAUAUGGUAAUAUAGACAUUUUUGCCUUGAUUAUGUAUUUCUUUGUUAUUCAUAUGCUAUAUGAGACCCUUUCAAAUUUAAGGCAGAAACUGGCUUUUUUUAAAAUGUAAAAAUUUCUUUGGAAUUGUAAUGUACUAUAUCUCUCCUUUUUGGAAUACAUUUUUCU